GUUGCGUUGUUUGGCCGUGCGCGUUCUGUUCCAAAUUCACUGCUGUUCUGCCGUUUUUCUCAUCAUGUGCUCCAAUAUUCGAAGAUUAAUACCAAAGUUGAAUCGUGAUUUACUUAUGCCAGCAUUCCGGUCCUUUCACGAUGAGUUUUCGUCAAAGGUCCCGCUAGAGGAAAUUCGCAAACAGACAAAAGAAAAGCAACAGGACGAAGUCCCCAGUGCUCGGUCGAUUGCCGCCAAGUACCAGGUAUUUCGAGAUACCGAUGCACCGGUGAUUCUGGACGUAGAUGAGGAAAGGUUACUGCACGAGGCAGGAUUGCAACAGCCGGAAAAGUUGCAAGACCUGCCGGACAUGUACAGUGGCAUCGAUUUAUCCCGAGGCAAAAGCGGAGUGUACGAGAUAGAAGAUUUGGUCACCGUUCUAAGGCUAAACAACGCUAUAAAUAUAUUCGUAUGCACCGUGCCGAAGGAUACCAAAUAUGUCGAUUACAUGUGCAUUGUUUCGGGGCGCAGCGUAAGGCACAUGCGAGGAAUGGCAGAGUUUGUGCGGAAAGUGUUCAAAAUGAAACGAACCCCAAACGAUAUUAUACCUAAAAUUGAGGGAGAAUCAAGCAGCGACUGGAUGGCGAUGGAUCUUGGUAAUAUUGCACUGCACAUUUUCUCCACAAAAGCACGAGAACAGUACGAUCUGGAAUCGCUCUGGAGCGUUGGGUCUGAGUUCGAUCGAGAGUACAACAAACCAAGCGAAGAACUGGUGCAACUGUUCGAAAAGCACACUAUCUAUCUGGACGAUUUGAAACCACGGAAAAGAGAAGGUGAAAGGUCGGAGACGUAGCAAAUUAUAAGCAAGGAACAGAUUGAUUUGUGGUAGAAUAAAAUAGUACGAAAAUAGGAGCAAACUUACCAAACAUUACCGAUCAACGGAAGAUAUCCAUUAUCUGCCAUUCUAAUAUCCAAAAAAAUACACUUAGGACUGGGUUGUCCGGUGGCAUUCUCAUGAUACGACUAGCUCAACUAUGAGAUCAUCGUAUCACUCAUGGAGCUCGUCAUUGUAGCUGCUGCUUCAUUACUCUUCCACACGGGUCAAAAAUCCUUCCGAACAUCUUCCAAUGACGAGAAGAAGGCAACCCGCUGACCCUAACGCAGGCUCUUGUUAGCAAUAAAUGAUUCUGAACCUGUUCCUUCAACUCAA